AUGUCGGAGCAAAGGCAACGUUCCCUGUCCACCUCAGGAGAGGCCCUCUACCUAGUCCUGGGCCUCCAAAAUACCUGUACACUGGACGACAUCAAGAAGUCCUACAGGUACACACACACACACACACUCUCACCUCGCUUCUUGAGCUGUGUGCUUGGUUAAACCAGUGGGUGACCCACUUACAUUUUGGGGCCCUGAACCAUCAGGUUGUUUCUAUAGGACACACAAUUUGGGAGUCAUUGGGCUAGUUAGUAGAGUAACCAGACAAACAACAGAUAACCUUAUGCCUCAAUGGAGAAACUGAACUGCAUAUUACAUCACUGAAAAGUUCCAUCCAUUUAACUCUAUAUACAAAGAUCAUUUUCUCCACCGAAGCAGUUUAUACAUUGAUCUGUGACCAUGCUACAUGUGCUGAAAAGCACAAACAAAUGUCAGGUAACAACCAUUGUCUAUGGAGGUUAGUGGAAGUGAUUUUAAUGGGCCGGUUUUCAGGAGACAAAAAACAAGACUUUGUGAGACAGACAGACACUCUGACUGACUGCUACAAGGCCUUUUAUAAUCACAGCCAGUGAUUGUCAGACAGCUGCAUGAAUACAAUAUUACUUCCAUAAAACUAAAAUAUUAAUACUACAGAACAGAUGUCACCCCUUGUUGUAUAAGGUCAGGCCUUAUAAAAGACUCCUGUGUGUGUGUGUGUGUGUGUGUGUGUGUGUGUGUGUGUGUGUGUGUGUGUGUGUGUGUGUGUGUGUGUGUGUGUGUGUGUGUGUGUGUGUGUGUGUGUGUGUACCCCCCUCAUGCAAGCGUGGGUGUACUCGGAAGCUUGUCACAACCCGUUGGGAAUUGACCCUAGCAUUAUGGCGGCAGCCCCACUUUCUAUGUGCCCACACAACAAGUAGUACCUGAACCUUACAAUAAAACAGAAGAACAGGCUUCCUACAACAUGGAGAGCUGCUAUGACAGGGGCUUUUGAUGCUUACUCAAGAUCAAGUCACUCAGCUAUAGCCCAAGCCAUUAUCAAUUAUAUUUUGCAAUGUAAUUCCACAUUUGGAUGUAGAUUUUGUUUAGGAUAACUAUUUUAUCCUGUAACCUACCUUGCCUUCUCUCUCAUUUCACCAAUACAUUUCCAUUAGAGGCACUCCAACAUGUACAGUAGUAAGUCAGAAUCUAAUGACUUAUAAUAUGAAUUCACUUCAGGCUCAUAUAGGUGCCGUCACAAUUAGUCAUUCUUAAUUAGUCUAAUAGGAAUUCACUUUCAGGAACCAUCCAAAUGGUUAGCUUUUGAGCAGCCCUUGUUUGGUAUUAAUGAAUAUGUAAUCAUAGCGGCAUUUUCCGAGCCUGUUGGCAUCAUGAAAAAUGAACAAGCAGACAUGCUUCAGAGCAUCAUCAAAUGUUAAUGAGAAAUUACAAUUUACAGCAGAAAAGAGAGAGCGAGAAAAAAAAAUGAUGUAAAGCUGACUGUAGUUAUAUUUAUUUGAUGGUGUCUGUCAACAACAUUUACACAUUUUCUAGCCUGACUUAGAAUACUUUUAAUUUAGCUAUACAUGCUAUUACAACUAUAACUGUGCUUAUAGCAGUAAUGUACUAAUGCCUGGCAGGUGUGUGUGUUGAUGGGUGUGAGGGAUGAGGGUUCUCACCCCAACUUUGUCACUAGUUGCUGAGGUGCUGACUGCUAACUGGAUCUGAUCUGCAGGUAUUGGGAGUGAUCUGCAGGCAUUGAGAGUGAUCUGCAGGUAUUGAGAGUGUAGACAGGAAUGAGUUUAAAGAUGCCAGGAUACACACUGAAACAUGGGAAAGGAUCUCAACUUGGAAAUGAGAGAUAAUACUGCAGCCUCUUACUGAAAGCAUUAGAUAAGACCAUAAAGUAACAAGAUAGUAACAAUGAAGAAGAUGCCAUUUUGGCUAGCUAAGCCUUCCGGAGUGCGUAAUCUUUUCAAUUUCGUAAUCUUUUUUUCUAUUCAGAAAGCUUGCUUUGAAAUUUCAUCCAGACAAGAACCCCGAGAAAUUCAAGGAGCUCAACAAUGCCCACUCUGUCCUGCCAGAUGUCUCCAAGAGGAACGUCUACGACAGCUAUGGCUCCCUCGGGCUGUAUGUGGCUCAGCAGAUUGUAGAGGAGAAUGUCAACACUUAUCUCAUGCUCUCCAGUUGGUGGGCAAAGGUGGGUUUCGCCAGGUAGAAAUUGUGUGUGUGUGUGUGUGUGUGUUUGUUUGUGUGUGAAAAAGGAAAUCUAGUCUAUGUUCAUGUGUUAAUAGUGAAUGGUCUAUGUCCAUCCUGUUUGUGGUGUGUAGCGUGCUAACAGGCUGCUACUUCUGCUGCUGGCUGUGCUGCUGCUUGAACUGCUGCUGUGGGAAGUGUAAACCCAAAACCCAUGGAGAGGAGGACCCCGACACCUACGUGUCCCCUGACAACCUGGAGGAGCAGAUCCGUACAGACACGGAGACAGGUGAACAGCACACACCUGGAGGGUGUUCACAGCUACAAUGUUCAGUAGGGUUUUGUAACAAAGAGACAGGUGAGCCCCACUGAGAAGGAUGAAGUUGCCCCUUGACACUGAACUGAGGUCAGUUUUGCCUUUCAUAAUAUUACAUAAUAAGGUAAGGACUCUGGGAGGGUAAGCUGAUCCUGUGCCUAAGGGCAACUUCUACCCUGAGCAAGCCUCACACACUAUCUCUUACUGCUUCAGAAUUAGCCUAUAGUUCUCAGUUGUAUUAUCCAUCUGUUGAAACAACAGCAGCAACCCUCUUAAUAAGCUCUUCCUACAUCACUCUCCUACCGUAUCAAUACUUCCUCAUCUAUUAAAGGGAAAGCAUUUGAUGCUGCAAAGUCACAAAGACAGCGGAAUGGCAUAGACGAGCUUCGAAUAUUAUGUUUUCUCAAACGCACCAAGUCAGCCAGUUAAUAAAAUUAAAGAGACUUGGAUAUGAUGUUUGGAUAUGAUACAUUGCUUUGGUGCCAGUUAGCUGUGGGAGGUGGGCUGUGCUUUUUUCUUCAUGUCUGCUGCAGUUCUCCAACAUAACUGAUAAUUACUGCCUCUGAGUCACGUCUCUAAAUGUGUUUCCAUAGCAGUUAUUUUUAGCCCCAUCUCACGAUUAAAGGGAAACAAUAGCCUUUGUUUCCAGCACUCACUGCAAUGUCUCUCAGCGGGAUGAUGAGAAGGCCUACUCAUGUAUUUGGCUUCAGAACACAUUGCUUAUGAUAACAUAUUUAUUGUGAGUAUGUAUCAAUAGGAAUUGGACCUACUACUGUAGGCAUAGCCCAGGGUAAUUGAAGUCAUUAAAGGGGACUUUAAACCAAAGUUGUAAAACUGCCCUUCAAGCCAGCCAGGCUGUGACACAGUGUGCCUAGUCUGUGGUGCCAAAAGGACAACCCGCAGCAGGAGGCAGGAGGCUAGACGCAGGUAGCCAUCACUUCCUCACAACAGGACAGUCAAGACAUCCCUCAGUCAAGACAUACCUGUCUCAACAUGAGCAGCUGUACUAUAGUUAGUGUACAUAUGUAGGAUCUUAAUUUGAUCACUCUUUUGUUGCUGAGAAUUUUCCUGCACAGCAGGAAAUGCAAACUUGUAGUAUUUUCGAGGUUUAUAAGGCUUCUAAAGUUUGUAAUUUCUACUUUAAAUAUCAGACUUGAUUUGCCCCUACAAAAACAUUUCCAUUAGCUAUAAUCCACAUAAUAAUUCACAUUUCCUGUUGCUGCAGGAUUAUUCCUGCUGUAGCAAACUGGCUCAAAUUAAGAUCCUACAUCUGUAGUAGGCCUAUUUCCAGGAUAUGCCAUAUUUUCGUAGUUCUGUGUAACAUAAACUGAUGCACUGAUAAAUUGAUCUUACCCUCUCCAGAUGCUGACGACAUCCCCAUAAUACAGCAACCAACCAAUGCCAGCGAGAAGACCGGGUUGAUUGGUGACAGAUGA